AUGGUCAACGAGGUGGGCUCGUCGCAACCGCCGCCCUCGCGGUACCCUCCCUCCAUGGGACCCGGGGCACGGUCAACAGAAGAGCGGCUACAGUCGCUAGCGGACCGGGCACAGCAAAUAAAAGCAACACUGGAGUCAUAUGUUGUAGAGAAGCAGGACGAUGGUAGCCUCAAACUCCAAUACGACCUCAACAACCAACAGCGCACAUAUGUCAUUCCCUCCAGCAGUAUGGCCUUUCCUGGCAUUCUCACCGCCACUGCGCGGUCUACCAGAAACACAGGCAUGUCUCUAAUCGCUAUGAUCAGAGCCGUGGACAGUACAACCGGCACGAUGCCAUCCCAACAAGCUGCCGAGGGGUUUGCUGAGCACGGCUCGAAAAAUCUAUUGUGGCGGAAGGCAGGCUUCUACGGUUCCCUCGCCGCUGCAGGGUACUUUUUCGAGAAAUCGCUGAAGCGGGGAGACAUGAAGUUCCCCUUUCGAAAAGCCAAAGACCCGGCAAAAUACCUGAAAUUUCCGAAUCGAUUCGUUCCUGUCAUCAAAGGGCGGCCGGCUUGGAUCCUCUGGCAAGUCACAAGGUUCGGUGUAUAUGCACUAUAUGCCAAUGUGGCCAUUACACCCUUCACGCGUAGCAUAGGGAGCACCAGCAUGACGGUGGGGUUAUAUCGUGAUGACAGGACGAGACCUUUCAUGGAGGAGUUGAAGAAGCUCCAAAAGGUCCGAGAAGGUCGAAAGGCCCCGGACCAGAUGGGCCCACUUAUACCUGGCCAGCACGAUCGGACUCGGCAGCAGAACCAGAACCCACAGCAGCGCAACUCUUUCGGCGAGCCACAAGAUUCCGACCGCGAGUCGCCCAACGAUCAGUCAUGGGCCAAUCCUUUCAACGGGCAGACUACAGACAGCAUGCCCGACGGCUACAGCGAUUCGAGUGUCGACUACGGUGACACUAUGAAAGCAGAAAACGCAGCUUCCGCUACAGCACCCAAGGCUCAACCACAGCAGCAGCCCCGACAACAGUAUGGGACCCCGCGACCACCACCCGCAGCAAGCUCCCCUCCUCCUUCGGCAGGAUCACCACCUGGAGACGACCCCUUCGCCUUCAACGAAGAUCCCCUCGGAUCCUCAUCCGACCCAGACUCCCCAACAUACAAUCCUGCAAGCGCCUCCCGAUCCCAGCAAUCACAGGCCACGCCCCGCCGCUCGUGGGCCAGCAUCCGCAACGAAGCCCGGCGGGACAAUAUUUCUUCCUCAUCAUCCGACACAACAGACACAUACAGCGCCGGCCCAGCAUCGUCAUACGGCUCACGAGCAGCAAGUCCGCAUGCUCGGAAGUCUCCGGCUCAAAGUGAGAGUUACAACUACGGGGACGGAGAGGCUGAUAAUGAGGACGCCAAGGCGCGAGCGCGGAGGGAGUUUGAUGCGUUAUUGGAGCGGGAGAGGAAGGUUAGUGAGGGAGGGGAUGGCGGUGGAGGAUCGGGCGGAGGGAGGCGGUAUGGAAGGUAG